AAUGCUUCAUCUACCAACUUUAACCAUCUAAGUUAUUAGCUCUGUAAGAGUUUUAUUUUCGAGAUUCAGGAAAGACUUUGGUCUAUCUCUUUGAUUCUUGAGUUUUGCAUUGUUCCAUUAAGAAACUGUUAUCAAUGGCUGUUUCAUCUUAUCAAUCAAUCAUGUCAAGCUCCAUGACUAACAUUUCUAGCAGAUCUAGGGUUAACCAGUUUACCAAUAUCCCUUCUGUCUACAGUCCAAGCCUCAGAAGGAAUGUUAGCCUCAAAGUUCGAUCUAUGGCUGAGGGAGAGCCGAAAGAGCAAUCAAAGGUGCCUGUAGACCCAACUACACCAAUUGCACCAACACCCAUACCAACACCUCAACCAGCCUAUACUCGUCCACCAAAGAUGAGCACAAAGUUUUCGGAUUUGAUGGCAUUUAGUGGGCCGGCACCAGAAAGGAUCAAUGGAAGGUUGGCUAUGAUUGGUUUUGUAGCCGCAAUAGGGGUGGAGAUAGCAAAAGGACAGGGUUUGGGUGAACAGUUAUCUGGUGGUGGAGUUCCAUGGUUCUUGGGGACAAGUGUGUUGUUGACACUUGCUUCAUUGAUUCCAUUUUUGCAAGGUGUUAGUGUUGAGUCUAAAUCUAAAAGUAUCAUGUCCUCAGACGCAGAGUUGUGGAAUGGAAGAAUUGCUAUGUUAGGUUUAGUUGCUUUGGCAUUCACAGAGUAUGUUAAGGGUACUUCCCUUGUGUAAUAGAUUUCUACAGCACAAGUUAUGGCUUCUUAGGUUACAGGAUGUGGUCAGACAUGCUUAUGUAAUGUCAUAACUCAUAAAGAAUUGUAACAUUAAUCUUAAGCUAUUUUCUUGAUA